AUGGAUAUCGACAUGAGCCGCCGGAACAAGGUCCCUCGGUCCUUGUCAGAUGCCGAACGGGCGCGACUCGACGAGUACAUUGACUCAAUUCACUAUUCUGCGAGAUACUCUGACAGCGAAUACGAGUACCGGCACGUGCAACUACCCAAGGCAAUGCUCAAGGCCAUUCCCAAGGACUAUCACGACACCUCCAAGGGGACUCUGAAGCUUUUGUGGGAGGAGGAAUGGCGAGCGAUCGGUAUUACCCAGGAACCAAUCAUUGACCACUACCACAGAGUCUCGGCUGGGAACAUUACGAGGUCCACGAGCCCGAGCCCCAUAUUCUGUUGUUCAAAAAUAUCAAUACACCACGGUCGAAAACGCUUUGCCCUCACACUGGCAUUCCGCAUUUUUUACUCUUCAUGGCAUGCUUGCUGUCGCUCCUCAAUUGAUGACGCCUCAUUGGAUGUUUUGGGGCCGCGGAUUGGAUGCGUUGGGGCUCCUCUGGGCGUGCCGGAUAUUUGCUACAUGGCGACGGACACGAAAGAUUCAGGUGUUGCCGCGCCAGCUUGGGGAAGUCUUUUUGCCCUUACCAGGGUUCAUAUGCAUUUGCCAUUUAUAGAUAUAUCGACCCUCUCCACGAAACGACAUGAUGAUUCCGGGAUUGCUCAGGAACCGAAUGUUGUGGUGGUCCCACUACUGCGUGGCUGUCACGCCACGACAAACUAA